GCAUUCUGGGGAUUGUAGUCUCCGUAGGAAAGUAGCCUCUUCAGUGUGGCGUGGCUGUAUACCUUAUGAGGAGAUGAGUGGUAAACGGCCAGCUGAGCCUGGCCCUGCCCGGGUGGGAAAAAAGGGAAAGAAGGAGAUGAUGGCGGAGUUUUCGGCCGCUGUCACGGAGGAAACCUUGAAAAAGCAGGUGGCAGAGGCUUGGAGACGUAGGACGCCGUUCAGUCACGAAGCCAUUGUCAUGGACAUGGACCCCUUUCUUCACUGCCAGAUCCCAAGUUUCAUUCAAAGCCAAGACUUCUUGGAAGAGCUUCAGAAGGAACUUUUGAACUUGAACUUCCAUGAAAAGUAUAAUGAUUUAUAUAAGUUCCAGCAGUCUGAUGAUUUGAAGAAAAGAAAAGAGCCUCAUAUCUCUGCUUUAAGGAAAAUUUUGUUUGAAGAUUUCCGGACCUGGCUUUCUCACAUUUCUGAAAUUGACCUGGAAUCAACUAUUGACAUGUCCUGUGCUAAAUAUGAAUUCACCGAUGCCCUACUCUGCCAUGACGAUGAGUUGGAAGGGCGCCGGAUAGCCUUCAUUUUAUACCUGGUUCCUUCCUGGGACAGGAGCUUUGGGGGCACCCUGGACCUGUACAGCAUCGAUGAACACUUUCAGCCGAAGCAGAUUGUCAAGUCUCUUACCCCUUCGUGGAACAAACUGGUUUUCUUUGAAGUGUCUCCAGUGUCCUUUCACCAGGUGUCUGAAGUCCUCUCUGAAGAACAGUCACGUUUGUCUAUAAGCGGCUGGUUUCAUGGUCCUUCACUGACCAGGCCUCCCAACUACCUUGAACCCGUCAUACCUCGGAGCCCUCACAUCCCACAAGAUCAUGAAAUUUUAUAUGAUUGGAUCAACCCCACUUAUCUGGACAUGGAUUACCAAGUUCAAAUUCAAGAAGAGUUUGAAGAAAGUUCUGAAAUUCUCCUGAAGGAGUUUCUUAAGCCUGAGAAAUUUGCAAAGGUCUGUGAGGCCUUGGAGAAGGGAGAUGUGGAAUGGAGCAGCCGAGGUCCCCCUAACAAAAGGUUUUAUGAGAAAGCUGAGGAGAGUAAGCUUCCCGAUAUACUGAAGGACUGCAUGGAGUUAUUUCGCUCUGAGGCACUGUUCUUGCUGCUCUCCAACUUCACAGGCCUGAAGCUUCACUUCUUGGCCCCUUCAGAAGAAGAUGAGACUGAUGACAAAAAAGAGGAAGCAGCAGCCUCUGCUGCUGCUAGCACUGAAGAAGGGACUAGCCAUGGCUCCUCCGAGCCAGAGAAUAAUCAGGCAGCCGUCAGCAGCAGCAGCCAACACACAGGCCCGGAGCCAGAGGAAAACGAAACAAAGAAAGAAGUAAGUGUUCCCACAUGCCAAGGAGAACUGAGGCAUUGGAAGACUGGUCACUACACUUUAAUCCAUGACAACAGCAAGACUGAAUUUGCCCUGGACUUAAUUCUCUACUGUGGCUGUGAAGGCUGGGAGCCAGAGUAUGGUGGCUUUACUUCCUACAUUGCUAAAGGUGAAGAUGAAGAGCUGCUAACAGUGAAUCCAGAAAACAAUUCUUUGGCAUUGGUCUACAGAGAUACAGAGACUCUGAAAUUCGUCAAGCAUAUUAACCACCGAAGCCUAGAACAAAAGAAAACCUUCCCAAACAGAACAGGUUUCUGGGACUUUUCAUUCGUCUAUUAUGAAUGACAGGACUGGGCAAAGCUAAACGACAACACGAUGCUUCAUCAGUACUGGGAGAUCUGGAACAGCCAGGCAUGGAGUGAAGCAGAGCUACGUGGUCGCUCGCCUGACAGUGUUCUUAAAGCUCGUUGCCCUUUAAUAGGACUCAGUGAUUAGUCUUCCAUCUAGACCUUGAGCUUGGAGCUAUGUACUUAUUUCUUGAUUAAAAAAAAAAAGUUUUUUUUAACAUU